AUGCCCAUUUCAAAACCGAAGGCGGCAGAGACUGAACAGCUGUUUCAAUCCCCCACGUUAAAGCUGCCGAACGGAGUCAAUUUCACCCUACUCGCCUCGCCCGGGGGUAUAAGUCACACCUGUUUGAUAAACCUGAAGGUAGGCCCAACCCGGCACUCAGGGCAUCCGGUCCGGACCUGCUCUCUCUCCCGACCCCCAGACUCGCUCACCCGCAGAGGUCAGCAGUCUGCGCUCCUCUCCAGGCUCGACGGAUUCUCACCCACCCGGGUACACUGCACUGGAUCCGGAUCCGGCUUCAGAGCCAGCCCCACCUCUUCCCGCCUCCCGCGCUACAGUCCGCUGCACCUCGGCCGCUGCGCUCGCAGCCGCCAAGACGUGGCAGCACCAACGCCUCCAGCCCGCCCCUGCCCGCUUACGCAGGGCCGCGAGCAGGGGAGGGGGAGGUGCCUGCGGAGGGGGCGGGGGCGAGGCCCGGAGGUCGGGGCGGAGUGGAGGCGGGACCUGCGGCUGACGUCAGCACGUGGGGCGGGGGCCGGGAGGAGGUGGAAAUUCUCUGGGACUCCACCCGCCCGGCGCGCCGGGAGGAAUCCUCAUCUCGGCCCGCACUUCCUCGCUUGUCAGGCUCCCACUACGGCCUCGGUGUCUCGGUUUAACUGGAAAAUAAUCUUGCCUCGGAAUCAGCUAAGCACUGUUGCUUUGGCCCUAAUGCAUCUGCAGUUUUCAGAAAUCCACACUGAAGAAUAAGAGCUGUAUGAAGACAGUUAUCUGUGAGAAUGUUCACCAUGCUGUUACCUGUAACAGAAAAAAGGAACCUGUGUAAAUUCCUAAAUUUAUUUCACGAAUUGGUGAAAUAAAUUAUGGUACACCAA